AUGUCCUCACCGGCCCUUCAGGCAGCAAUUUUCGCUGCAGGAGCCGUUGUCGGUGGAGGAAUAACCGCCUUGAUAGCAAGCAAGAGACAAAGACCAGCGGACGUUCCCGGGACUCUUCCAUCUUCCACUCCCGCAUUGUCGACAGUUCCACCUCCACUUCUUGAAUUAGGAUCUCGUGGAAAUGCACAAAUUACAAGUGCAGCAUCGAUUGCCCCAUUGGCUGCUACAGUUUUGAAGUAUGGUAAUCCUGGACCUAUUGCGGACCUUAUCGUGCGGAAAGCAUAUGUCGCAGCUUACGACCGUAGACUUCGUCAUCCAGCUUGGACUGCCGAACACUUAACGCUCGCGUCUCUGGGCAAGUCGGCCUUGUUGCCACCAUCCCCGACCGAAGAAGCAGGGGACCGAAACAAGUCCUCAUUUGUAGAGGACCAAUCAAUACCUGUUCCAUUCCAAGCAAAAUUGCAGGACUACUUUAGAAGUGGUUAUGAUCGCGGUCAUAUGGUACCUGCAGCCGACGCAAAAUUCUCCCAGGACGCCAUGAAUGAAACGUUCCUACUCUCAAACAUUGCUCCUCAAGUUGGCGAGGGUUUCAACCGCCACUAUUGGGCUUACCUUGAGGAGUGGUGUCGUCGUCUCACAUCCAGCUUUGCGGAUGUGUAUGUCUUUACGGUCCCACUGUACCUUCCCCACCGUGAUCCGGAUGGGAAAUGGCGUGUUACUCAUGAAGUGAUUGGUUCACCGCCUAACGUAGCAGUUCCAACCCACUUCGCGAAAGUCAUUCUAACCUCAAAACCAUCGUCACCAUCAAGGCCUGAUAUCCUUGAACUCGCGACAGGCGCCUUCGUCCUUCCGAACGCUCCGAUUCCCGACGACACACCUCUAGAAAAGUUUGCUAUGCCUGUCGAUGCUGUCGAACGAGCUGCCGGUCUUACACUCUUCUCCGAGGCAGUCAAAUCGGCGUCAAAGCAUAUAUGUAAAUCCACCAGAUGUGAAGUUAUUGUGCGCCGAUUUGAUGAUGCCAAAAAACGACCGGAGAUGCGUCGAGCUAUAUCUGCCCCCUGA